UGACAUUUAUUCUGCAUUGCUGACUCUAAAUGGCUUUUUCCCUUUGCGGAUGAAAUAAUGAUGCAUUUAAUGUAGAUCGCUGACAGAACGUUAUGGAAAUUCUAACGUUUUGACGAAUAAACCGAAACCUGCUCCCCUCUAGACUUAGGCCUGGUUCUGUAGUGGCGCAGAGAAGUCCGCCCACCGCGCGCUGAUUGGCUCAAACGAUAGAUUGGCACACGGUAAUUGCGACGCAUUGCGUCAAUUCGCAAUUGGAUUGGCUGCGGCAUAUGUCAAUCAAGCAAGGUCCCGGCUGGUCGUGUCCCAGCACGCUUGGUGCCUGAUCACUUGUUGUGAACGUCUGCCGAGUGAAGCCCCCGAGGAAAUAGCGGUGGUAGAGAAGAGAAGUUAUGGCCACAGACUCUCCACGUCGUCCCAGUCGCUGUGCUGGUGGAAUAAUGGUCCGACAUCAGGCAGUAACGGAACAGUCAUAUAUGGAGAGUGUUGUCACCUUUCUGCAAGAUGUAGUCCCUCAGGCAUACACUGGCUCACCUCCAACAGAUGAGAAAGAAAAAAUAGUCUGGGUCCGUUUUGAAAAAGCUGAUAUUAAUGAUCUUGCAAGAAAUCCAGAGUAUCAUGAGAUGAACAAUGCUGGAAAUGAUCCCCCAUUGCUGCUGCUUAUUGGAUAUGCAGAUGGAAUGCAAAUCUGGAGCAUCCCUAUGAGUGGCGAGGCUCAGGAGCUGUAUUCCGUCCGUAAUGGUCCCAUCCGGACAGCAAGAGUCCUGCCUGCACCACAGACAAGUCUUCACAAAAUUGAUAAUUUUGCUGAGAAAAGGCCACUUCUUGGUGUGUGCAAAAGCACAGGAUCAGCAGGCCCACCGUACUGCUGUGUGGAUCUGUACUCUCUUCGUACUGGUGAAAUGGUCAAGUCUAUCCAGUUCAAAACCCCCAUCUAUGAGCUACAUUGUAACAAAAGGGUCUUGGUAGUUGUGUUACAGGAGAAGAUUGCCACCUUUGAUAGCUGCACUUUCUCUAAAAAGUUCUUCGUCACAAGUUGCUUUCCGUGUCCAGGACCAAAUCCUAACCCCAUAGCACUGGGAAGCCGCUGGCUUGCCUAUGCUGAGAACAAGCUCAUUCACUGUCAUCGAUCUCGUGGUGGGGCCUGUGGAGACAACAUCCAAUCUUAUACUGCCACAGUCAUCAGUGCUGCCAAAACACUCAAGACAGGACUCACCAUGUUUGGGGAAGCAGUUGGUCGGCUGGCUGGCAGCUUACCCUCGGGGGCAAUUGAGGAUGAGGUUUCCACACACAGUACCUCUCGACGUAGCCCGCACGUCCCUGGAGUUGUCACAAUCAUCGAUACUGAAACAGUUGGGGAAGGACAGGUGCUUGUCAGUGAGGAUGCUGAAGGUAAAGGCAUAGUGGCUCAUUUCCUGGCUCAUGAUAAUAAACCCAUUUCCUGCAUGGCUUUCAAUCCCAGUGGAAUGUUGCUGGUCACCACUGACACACAAGGUCAUGACUUUCAUGUAUUUCGGAUCCUGACGCAUCCAUGUUCAUCCUCUCAGAGUGCGGUUCAUCAUUUGUAUACCUUACAUCGUGGAGAGACAGAGGCUAAGGUGCAAGAUAUUUGUUUCAGCCAGGACUGCCGCUGGGUGGUAAUCAGCACACUGAGGGGGACCUCACAUGUAUUUCCGGUAAAUCCAUACGGUGGGCAGCCCUCUGUGCGAACUCACAUGUCUCCUCGUGUGGUGAAUCGCAUGAGUCGAUUUCAGAAGAGUGCUGGGCUGGAAGACAUUGAACAGGAACUUUCAACCAAACAAGGUGGACGUUGCAGUCCUGUGCCUGGUCUUUCAAGCAGUCCCUCUGGGUCACCACUUCACAGCAAACUAAGCAGCCAAGACAGUUACAACAGUUUCACAAACAACAACCUGGGAAAUCCACGGCUCUCACCCAUCCCAACCCUGACGAUUGUGCUGCCCCUGGCACAGAUCAAACAGCCCAUGACACUGGGAACCAUCACAAAGCGCACAGGACCUUACCUGUUUGGGGCAGGAUGUUUUUCCUUAAAAGCUCCAUGUAAGAGCAAGUCUAGGUCCGUACCGCAGAUUUCUCCGAGCAAGGCUGUAGGUGGAGAGUUCUGUGUUGCCGCCACAUUUUCUUCAUCACGAUCCUGGUUACCAACCAAUACUGGCCUGAAACGAGAGAAAGAUCAAUCAAAGCAGUCAGUGGUGGACUCUCUGUUCAUAAUUAGUUGCUAUGGUAAUCUGGUGGAACACACGAUCGAACCACGGCCGGUCACCACUGUGCAGAAGAUCAGCGAUGAUACUCAGCUGGAGCUGUUGACUUCUCCUCGAGCGAGCUGGUCUCUGGCCAGGACUCCACAGUGGAACGAACUUCAGCCGCCUUUCAAUGCAAACCAUCCUUUGUUGCUCAGUGCUGAUGCUGUCCAACAUUAUCAGAACCAGCUGGUUACAAUGGUAUCACCUGGCAGUCCCGGACCCACCUUUAGACGGCAUGAGUCUUGUGACAGUCUUGGGUCAGACCACAGUGGCCAAGAAGAUGAGGAAUGGUUAUCACAGGUGGAGAUUGUGACACAUACAGGACCCCACAGGCGUUUGUGGAUGGGCCCACAAUUUCAAUUUAAGACAAUCCAUCCUUCAGGACAAACAACAGUGAUUUCUUCCAGUUCCUCAGUACUUCAGUCACAUGGGCCUUGUGACACACCACAGCCACUAAUGGACUUUGAUACUGAUGAUUUAGAACUCAAUAGUCUGAGAAUCCAGCCCGUCCGCUCAGAACCUGUGAGCAUGCCUGGAUCAUCAAGGGUAAUUGCUGAUCGGAGAACUCUUUCAACAGUGAUUGAUGCUGGAUCAGAGCUUCAACGAGAGGGGAGCAUCGAGACUCUUAGCAACAGCUCAGGCUCCACCAGCGGAAGCAUCCCACGCAAUUUUGAGGGUUACCGUUCACCACUGCCCACCAACGAGAACCAGCCACUCAGCCUCUUCCCAACAAGUUUCAACUAAGCCCCUUAGCUAUUCCUCUCCCUUAGCCCUCUCACACAGCCUCCUCUUCUUCUCCCCCUCUUCGUCUUCCUCACCCCAGCCCCCCUUCCUCUCCUACUCCCCUAAACCCCACUAUUUAUCCCUCCCCAUAUCCCUUCCUCCUCAACCUACCCUUUCCCACUCUUCCUCCUCCUCCUCCCUCCACCCCUUCCGCCAGUGAUUUCCUGUGCACUAUCAAUUAGAGCCAAUGCUGACCAGGUCAACAAAAUGGAACAUUGGAUAUUAUCUCAUUUUCUCCAGUAAUUGCUGCAGAGAGACGCUGUCAUCCAAAUGGUGGAUGCAAUCACAGCUUUAACUCUUAGUUCAUGGUUUGUACCAUACAGUGAAGUGUUUGCUUUCUGGACCUCUAGGUCUUACUGAAUUCUCAGCUACAGAUACUAACAAAGGGAUGAGCUAAGCUCCUAAAUCAGGGACGUACAAUCUUUAUUUUGUUUUAUUUCAGUUAUUUCAUACUUGCAACAAUUUAUUUCUGGGGUUAGAAUAGUCACUGUUGCCUGACUAGGAAUGUUAAAUUGAUACCAUUUAGGUUUUAUUGAGAACCUGUUAUCAUCUAAAGAUUUUCCACUCUUACGUGGAUUCCUAUAACUGGUUUUCUGACAUUAAAAAGUACAGGGAUCAUUUGCCCACGGACUCCAUUUACAUCCAUAACAUGUUGUUCAAGUUCAAGUUAUUCUUUACUGUCAUUCACCCACAUGCUGUAAAACACAUGGAGGAACGAAAUGUCGUUUCCCCCAGACUCACACAACAGAGGACAUACAUAGAACAGAGAACAUACAAUAAAUGCAGACAGAAAAAUUGUGCAAGCACAAAUAGUUCAAAAAAUGGUAUAUACAGGAUACAAAAUUAGUGCAGGGUUACUGCAAAUCCGAGUUGGACGAAGAGUGCUACUGACCUUCUUGGAAUGGGGUUGGAAGAAAUGAUUGGGAAACUUCAAGGCCAAAGCAUUCACUGAUGUAACAAGAAGAAUCACAGGGGUAAAUUGAUUACAGUCAGCUCAGUGUUCAGUUCCCAGACUCUGAGGUCCCUGUGCUCCAACUGUUCCAGUGAUGUGGUCAGGACACACUGGAUCAAUAGAGAUACUUCAUAUAUCACUAGUCAAACAUUUAAAAAAUAAAAAUGUGCAAGGAAUUCUAGUGGUAGAGAUUACUGAAAGAAAAACGUGCCGGCAGUAAGGUUCCCAAAAAUUCUUUUAUUUACUGUAAAUUACUAGUGGAAAAAUGUUACAUCCAACUAUGUCAUUUUUCCCUCAGUUUAGUCACUCUUCUUUUGAAGUACUGACUGCCCAUGAGAUGCGAGUCUUAGGCAUGCAAGCACCCCUGUAUUGGGUAGGUGCUCUAGACAGGCUGACGGCUCAUCCCUGGAAUUGACCUGGCCUUCUCUGCGUCAGAGGUCUCUGGAGAACUGACCUGGCCGUCUCUGGGACAGGGGUCUCUGGGGAACUGACCUGGCCAUCUCUGGGACAGGGGUUUCUGGGAACUGACCUGGCCGUCUCUGGGACAGGGGGCUCUGGGGAACUGACCUCCCCGUCUCUGGGACAGGGGUCUCGGGGGAACUGACCUGGCCGUCUCUGGGACAGAGGUCUCAGGGGAACUGACCUGGCCGUCUCUGGGACAGGGGUCUCAGGGGAACUGACCUGCCUCUCUUUGGGACAAGGCCACCGAUGUGGUCUGCUACCAGCCAUAUUGCCAAGCUAUGGAAGAUACCACUUGCUAAAUGGAUUUGGCUUUAAAAUUAGGAAAAUUGUAUUUUUCUUUUAAACUGCACUAUUGCCUGACAGAGACAGGCACUUUUAAAGAGCCCUUGAAUUCCUUGGUAGGAACACACACUGUUUUUCGUGUUCAACCAAAGCUUCCCAACAAAAUGUAGGCAGUCCUAGAGCAGCUGCUGCCAACACUCGUCGGCAUUGACCCCGUACACUCCCAUGUGAUGGGAUUUUGCUGUGCCACAGAUUGCAGGUUGAGUGAGUGUGGUACUAGACCAGAGCCAAUGUGCGUCACUCACUGGAAUACUGUCUCACCCAAAGCUGCCAAUGUAAUCUGCAACCAUUGGUUACCUCACUCGGACUGAGGUCUCCCUUAGAGACAGGCUGAACAGCCACAACACACAGACCACAAACAGCAUCACAAAGAUUUGCUGCAUGAAUCAUCGUGAAACAUGUCAGUCCUGUGACAGCAGUUCUGAGGCUCACAGAAGAGGACAAGUCCAGUGCAAAUUAGUUUCAUUUAAACAAAAGUUUUUUUUCUCUAAAGAACAGUUUUUUUUGUGGAAUCACAGCCAAUUACGACAUUACAGGAGGUCAUUUUUCCCAUUGCGUACACACCCAGCCAUUCAGAAUGACCCCACUUCCCACCUCUCGGCCCUUAACCUUGUAGGUAGGUUUACCGGAGACACCAGAGACUGCAGUUCCUGGAAUCUGGAGCAACAAACAAUCCACUGGAGGAACUCAGCGGGUCGAGCAGCAUCUGUGGGGGAAGGGAAUAGUGUCCAUUUAGUUACUUUAUAGAUGCGUUGAGGUUUUAUACCUGGUUUCAUUUGGUCAGGUCACUAACUUUAUCGUCAAUUGCAAGCAGGAUAGGAUCCACCCUGUGGUCAGGACCCAUGGAGACCCAGCUACACUGAGAGGCAGGACCCUUGGACCCCCAGAACCCCACCCAGCCUGGGGGAGUAGGGCCCUCAAUCACCAACACCUCCCUGGGUAAUGGGGCCCAUGGACACCAUUCACUCUGGGGUAUGAGACCUAUGGACACCAUUCACUCUGGGGUAUGAGACCUAUGGACACCACCCACCCUGGGGGAUGAGAGCCAUGGACACUCACCCACCCUAGACGCUAGAGCCUAUAGUCACCCACCCACCCUGGGAGAUGGGACCUAUUGGCACCCACCCACCCUAGAGGCUGGGGCCCAUGGACACCACCCACCCUGGGGGAUGGAACCUAUGGACACCCACCCACCUUAGGGGCUGGGGCCCAUGGACACCCACCCAUCCUGGGGGAUGGGACCCAAGGGCACCCACCCACCCUGGGGCAUGGGACCUAUGGGUACUCACCCUAGGGGCUGGGGCACACCUUCACUGAGGGAGGGGAUCCAUAGCCAGUUAUUUGGACCCACAGACACACACCCACUCUGGGGGAUGAGACCCAAGGACACUCGCCCACCCUGGGGUAUUGGAUCCAAAGACCGACCCAUUCUGAGGAAUGGGACCCACAGACUCCACCCACCCUGGGAUAUGGGACUCAUGGACACCCACCCAUUCUGGGGGACAGUGUCUAUGGACACCAAGGUACUUUAACUUCAGUGGGGUUUGACUCCUAUAAGUGCUGACAGCAUCAGGCUCACUGUACCCUGGUGCUUCCUGGAAAUAUGGUGGGAACCAUCACUAACGACCGAGCCUCAUGGGUCCUAUCACUGGGUUACAACCCUCACUGGCACACUCUCUGAGCACCACAGUAGGCUGUGGGUUCCACUGGCACUACUUCUGACUUGACUUUGAUUUCCAUUGGCUCUACCAAUGGGGAAUGAACUCCAUGGACACCAACUGAUAAUUGGGAUACAUUCUCGUGUUUUGCCCAAAUGAUCAAAUGAUCAUUUUCGAUUUGUGACUGCAGCCACUGUGUGCCUGCUGCGUAUUUGAUCAUUGAGAGCUGAAUCCAAGCAACGAUUCACUCCAUACAUUCCAAAAAAGUCAUUGUAAUCAGGAAUAGGUACCUUAAUUGACUCCCCCUUCUCCACCAUAGCACCGCACCACCCCUGUCGUAACCCAUCCCCCUCUCCUCACUCUGAGGCCAGUUGUAGUCCUCUGCAGAUGAGAUCACUCAGCACUGAACCUGGGACUUCCUGGUCUGAUUGUCAGAGCUCCAUAUCCCCUCAGCCAUUUACACUUUUUUUUGUUCUAGUAGUUAAAAUAACUUUAUUUUUAAUCACAACAAUUGUAAUAUGGAAGUGAAUUAAUAAUUAUUUAAAAUAUAUUUCAGCCAGUAUAGAAAUGACCCUGUGAAUCCAAAUUAGAGCUGCAAAAUCCUUUGUGUAAAUCAAGCUCACUGAUUUAUUCCUGCAGCAGAAACCUAAUGACCAUUGCCCUGAGUCAUGCUAUGGUGGAGAUGUUUGGUUAAAUGCCUAUGUUUUAUCUAAGGAUUUAGUCUGUGAGAUUGUUAUCAGCCAUUUUAUAGUCUUGUGCCUAUGGGAACUUCCUGCUGCUUGAGCGUUGACAUAUUGAAGGGUUACAUUGGGAGUUUUCGAAAUCACAAAGGCUGCUUGGACAGCCUUGGAGAUGUUUGUGGUGGGCCUAGUGCUGUGAUCACAGUAUGGAUUAUGUCUGUCUAUGUGGCUGGACAGUGGUAAGAGGGUCAGGCUGCUUUCACAUUGCUGAAAUGAACCAGAUGAAGGUCCAAGGGGCCCAAUCUCCAGAUUCAGAGGGCUCAGAGUGAAGCCCUUCUCUCUCCUACUCCUUCCAGUAAUAUCACCAGGGCACCUGGGAAAAGGAAAUGUUCAUAAAUAUCAUCGAGAAACUGGAAAAGUAAAGAAUAGGAGGGGAUACAAGGGAGGGGACUAUCAGGGAGGAAUAUAGAGUGAGGGAUUAGCAGAAGGAAAAGUAUAUAUCGAAAGGGAAUAAUGUGCAGAAAACUCUGGUGGGAAGAAGAAUGCAGAGGAGUUGAAAUAAUAAGGAAAACUGGAGGAGCAUGCACGAGCAAUACCCAGGAAUACUGGAGGCACCACAGCAGAGAGACCGAGGUGACCAUUUGUUUCUGUAUUGUGGGUUGGAAUCAAGCCCUGCCCUGUGGGCAGUACACACGUACAUUCACAUACACACACAUCUCACACAUGGACAUGUACACACGCACACAGACACACACACAACUACAUACAUAGACCACACAUGCACACACAGUACACACACAUGUACAUACAUACAUCACACACACAGGCACACAGACAAACAAUGGCUGAUGGGCGGAAGCAGUGUGAAGGGAAACAGGCAGGAGAGCUCGGACCUGAUCUGAUAUCUGUGGUGAGAGUCAGUUGCUUACUUGCAUGAUUUGAACAGUGAUAAAUUUUUUUAAAUGCUUCACUUAGAUUCAUCUCAUCAACCAAUUAUUUAUUUUGUUUCCUGUUUUUUAUAUAAAACUAUUACCUUCCACACCUUUAGAUCCACUCAAGUUAAAAGGUUGUGAUUCAUUCCCACCCCAGAGACAAAACUUAAACUGAUGCUUGUGCAGUGCUGAGGGUGAGUCUUUCAGAUGAGUUGCUAAAGCCAAGGCUUUGUCUGGCUUGGGGAAGACGUAAACAAUCUUGUUGCACCAGUUAGAAGUGCUGGGAGUUCUCGCUGAUGUCCCGGACAAUAUGUAUCCCUCCACAACAUCAUUAAACUAAAACAUUACCUGGUUCAUUGUCAGAUUGUUAUUUGUGGGAUCUUGUCAUGUCAAAUUGGCUGCUGCAUUUCCUAGACGACAAUAAUGGCCAUGCUUCAAGAAUAUUUCACUGGUUGUGAAGGAUAUAGUAAUGUCAUCAGGUUCUGAAAGACAUUGCAUGAAAAUUCAAGACAGUCUGUCUUUCCUUUGGACCAAUUGCUGGCAGAUGCCAAGCACAAAUUAUCCAAUUUUUUUUCUGUUGUUGACUCCAUUAAGUUUUUUCCAUCUACUCACCACUUCCUCCCCUCCCUCCUGCCCUUGAAAUCAGGAACUCACCACAUACAGAAUCACAACCAUGAACUGGCGCCACCACAGAUUCUCCACCCAUCAUUCUUUGAUCCAGAUUAGAUCCUAAUCAGGGCCUGUGGUGUAAAUACAGUAAAACAUCAGGUCCUGCAGUGAAUUGUAUUUGUCACUUUUUAUCAGACGCACUGUGCCUCCAGCCUUCACACAUACGAUCAAAGGCAGACAUGCAGGCAGUAAAGGGAUUGAACUCUUCCUCAUCCCUGUCAUUAUCAAGUUGCCAAUGGAGUGUCUGUCUUCCGCCCUGCAGUUGGUAAAUUGCCACCUCACUGUCUGCUCCAUGCUGGCUGUAGAUUUGCUUCUAUACAAUGCACGGUGACUGACUUCCUGUAUUUUGUAAUGAUACUGGGUACUGUUUUUGCUGCUAAUUUAAUUGCUAACUCCUAAUUUCAACCAGUCCAA